GUUUGAGCUCAAGAAAUGAUUAAAAUCGUGGGUGGCAGCUCGUUUGCCAGUAAUAAAGAAAAUGAUAAUAACGCAACCGCGUCAAGUGUGCCGCUUGCGGACUUCGUUGUGCCACCGCCUGACGAGCAACAGCAGGAGCAGCCAAUUGUGCCGCUGGCCGCAUCUAAAAAAAUGACGGAACCGCCCGCAGCCACGCCUACAGCGACGGCAACAGCUACUACAACAGCAACAACAAAUGCGAAUGGAAGUGCAGUUGCGGCCAAGUCUAGAACGGAUGAUGACAGCAGCAUCUUCUCGCUAAUCUACUCCGUCGGCAAAAAGGUGGCAAUUGUGGGUUCCAUUUACCUGGUUGGCUAUAUGGGCUGGUCUGUGGCAUGGCUCAUAGCACCCGUUAUAUUGUCUGUCGCGCGUGACCAAAUGGCCAAGACCUCGGAGAAGAAGCGCAAUAUAGCUAAAGUGUCAGCGCUAGCUUCAGAGAAGGAUGUCAUCUUGGCGCGCAUAGAUGAGCUUCCCGCCUGGGUCUACUUUCCGGACGUGGAGCGUGCCGAAUGGUUAAAUAAGAUUUUAAAGCAGGUCUGGCCCAAUGCCAAUCACUUUGCGCGCACUCUGGUGAAGGAAACAAUUGAGCCCAAUGUCGCCUUGGCAUUGUCGCAGUACAAGAUGAAUGGCUUUCGCUUUGAUCGUAUUAUACUGGGUACCAUUCCACCACGCAUUGGGGGUGUGAAGAUCUAUGACAAGAACGUUGAUCGCAAUGAGAUUAUAAUGGAUUUGGACUUAUUUUAUGCCAGCGACUGUGACAUUAACUUUUAUCUGGGCGGAAUGAAGGGUGGAAUUAAGGACUUUCAAAUACAUGGCUGGGUGCGGGUGGUGAUGAAGCCGCUAAUUCGCUCGAUGCCACUCGUGGGUGGCCUGCAAAUCUUUUUCCUCAACAAUCCCAAUAUUGACUUUAAUCUGGUGGGAGUCAUAGACUUUAUGGAUAUGCCCGGUCUGUCCGAUCUGCUGCGCCGGAUUAUUGUCGAGCAGAUAGGCAAUGUAAUGGUGUUACCCAACAAACUGCCCAUAUCGCUGAGCGAGGAGGUAUCUGCCGUGGCCCUUAAAAUGCCAGAGCCAGAGGGUCUGCUACGCAUACACGUUGUGGAGGCUAAGAACCUCAUGAAGAAGGACAUAAGCGUGCUGGGCAAGGGCAAGUCCGAUCCUUAUGCCAUUAUCAACGUGGGCGCCCAGGAGUUCCGCACGCAGAUUAUUGAUAACAAUGUUAAUCCAAAGUGGGACUAUUGGUGUGAGGCGUGUAUUUUUACUACCAUUAACCAUUUGGUUGGUUUUUCUUUGUGGGACUAUGAUCAGAGUAUGCCAGGCGUACAGGCCGAUGAUGUGUUGGGCAGAGCAUCCGUUGAUGUGGCAAGUGUUAUCAAAAAGGGUGUGCUAGAUACUUGGCUCGCUUUGGAGGAUGCCAAGCACGGUGAUCUGCAUGUCCGCUUGCAAUGGUAUAAACUUACGCCCGACCCCAAUGAUCUGCAACAAAUAUUGCUGGAAACGCAGUUACUGCGAGUGACCACCAUGAGUUCGGCCGUGCUGAGCGUUUUCAUUGACUCGGCCAGGCAUUUGAAGCAAGCACGCGCCAACUCGAAGCCCGAUCCUUAUCUGGUGUGCAGCGUCAACAAGCAGAAGAAACAAACUGCCAUGAUCUUGCGCGAUGAUUCGCCUGUCUGGGAGCAGGGAUUUACCUUUUUGGUUACCAAUCCAGACAAUGAAUGCUUAAACAUUAAAAUAUUCGAUCAAAAAACUGGCAAUGAUAUUGGCCAAUAUACUUACAAUCUUAGCGCGCUGAUCAAACAGUUUAAUAUGGAAAUUAUACAGCAGCCAUUCCAAUUGCAAAAGUCCGGACCGGAAUCAAAGCUAUACAUGUCUUUAUCACUGCGCAUUCUAAAGGCUGGCGAAAUCGAAGAGGAUACUGAGGGCUCCGAACAGGCGGCCAUCACACGUAGCAGCUCGGUGAAAGUACCUGAUGCAAUAAUUGUGGCGCCGGCGACAAAUAAGGAUGCUCAAGCGAAUGGCAAGCGUCUUUCCACAGAAUCGCCUAUUAGCGAGGAGGAGCCCAUGAAGCCCAGCAGCGGUGCUCUUUCCGCUUCUGCCUCAUUGGAAAAGCCAAUCAGUGAGAUCGCCAGCUCAGUGCUGACGCAUCGCAUGCCUGAACUAGUUUCCUCGGCUGGUGAUCAUGGACUAGGACGCAUACAGCUAUCAAUAAUUUACUCUGCACAACGUCAGAAAUUGGACAUAACCAUUCACAAGAUUAUGAAUAUACCGCUGCGUGAUCCCAGCAGCAUACCUGAUCCCUAUGUGAAGCUGUAUUUACUGCCUGGCCGCAGCAAGGAGUCCAAGCGCAAGACGAGCGUCAUAAAGGACAAUUGCAAUCCGGUUUAUGAAACAUCCGUCGAAUAUGUUAUCUCAAUUAGCGAACUUAGGCACACGUCACUCGAGGUUACGGUCUGCACGCAAAAAGGUUUUCUCUCCAGCGGCAGUCCGAUCAUUGGCAUGCUCAAAAUUCCCUUGGAUGAUGCUGAGAUUACCACUACGGCUGGCCUAAAGUCUUGGUACGAUUUGGAACCGGAACAUAAGCAUGAUUAAGAGAUAGUCGUGCGGAAUCUCAAACUCAGCACAAUCAACUGAACACUAAACACUUUUUUAUAACUUGCACUGAAAUCCGUUUUGUAUAUCUGUUGAAUGUAGAAAUUACAUUUUUUAUUUAUUUGUGAAAAAAAAUAAUCUCUUGGGCUUAGUUAAGUCUACCAAAAGUCUCGUAGUUGUGCCUCUAAACCUCUCUAUUUUAGUCAAAUAAAAUGUGUGUUUCCUAAACUAAA